AUGGCGGACCAACUCACAAGCACGAUCCCUUCGCUGUCAAGGCGUGCCCAGGCCGAAACUUCCCCUCGCCUCACCGCCCUGCUAUGGGAAGUACUCUCGGAUCAAUGGCACCCGCAGGACAAUCCUUCCGGCUAUGUCAGUAUCGGCGUUGCAGAGAACCGACUCAUGCAUUCCGAACUUCACGCGUACAUCGACAGGACCUUCAAAGCACACGACUGCUUCCUAACAUAUGGCGACGGGCCAAAAGGGAGCCAUCGAUUGAGACGGGCUCUGGCUCAGUUUCUAACGAAGCACCUGAGAUCAGUCAUUCCGUUGGAGCCCGAACAUGUUGUGGUCACGAAUGGAGUGACUAGUGCGAUUGAACAUGCAUCAUGGGCAUUUGCGAAUCCUGGUGAUGCGUUCUUGCUAGGACAGCCAUACUACGGGGCGUUCCCGAACGAUAUUUGCAUGCGACCCAAUGUUAAGCUGAUUGAAGUCAGAUUCGGCCAUGAACUCGAUCCUAUGAGCAAAGAUGCCGUGCGGAACUACGAACAGGCGAUACUCGACGCAAAGACCCAAGGUGUCGCUGUCAAGGGGCUGAUGCUAUGCAAUCCACAUAAUCCGCUAGGCCGCUGCUAUUCCCAAGAGGUGCUCGUCGAGUAUCUCAAGCUAUGUCAGAAGCACAAAAUCCACCUCGUCAGCGAUGAGAUCUACGCUCUGUCUGUGUGGCAGAACAAUGAGGAUUCUUCGCCUCCUCAAUUGCCUUUCACAUCGAUACUGUCCCUCGACCUGACGAACCUGAUCAACCCAGCCCUGGUCCACUGCAUAUGGGGCAUCUCGAAAGACUUCGGUGCAAACGGCCUACGUCUCGCUUGCCUCGUGAGUCAGUCCAACCCGGCUUUUCAUGAAGCAUUGACGAGUGUCGCACUGCUAUCCUCCGCCUCAUCUAUGGCUGAUCAUACCGUCGCGAACCUCCUCGAAGAUGCUGAGUUCACCGAUCAGUACAUUCAGGAGAACGCGAAGCGCCUGUCCACCGCAUACAGCCAAGUCGUCGCAUUCCUACGGAAGCACAAAAUCAAAUAUACACCAGGAUCAAACGCUGGCUUCUUCCUCUGGGUUGAUCUCGGUGAGGCAUACCUUCGGAAACACCCGGAGAGACGAGGCAAGUGCGAUCUGACAAGGGAAGUGAUGAACGCUCUGCUCGAGCAGAAGCUGUACCUUGCGAGUGGCGAGAUGUUCGGCAGCGAGACGCCUGGGCAGUUCCGCAUUGUGUUCUCGCAUCCCUCGGAAUACGUGGACGAGGCAUUGGAACGAAUGGUAAAGGCAAUUGAGGUGGGAUACCAGGGCAAAAUGAAGGCGAAGUUGUGA